AUGGCUUAUCCCAAAUCUAUCUAUGCAUCUUCCCUUCUACUUCUGCUCACCUUUCAAGUACUUUCCACCAUUUCUGAAGCUGUAGUGCCUGCUUCAGACACUUUCACGUACAUAAACGAAGGUGAUUUUGGAGAUUAUGUGGUCGAGUACGAUGCAGAUUAUCGUACUCUUCACCCUUUCAGUAACCCAUUCCAGCUUUGUUUCUACAACACCACCCCUAACACGUUCACUCUCGCUCUACGUAUGGGUACUGUCCGAUCGGAGUCGCUCAUGCGUUGGGUUUGGGAAGCUAACCGGGGGAACCCUGUUCGUGAGAACGCCACCCUCACCUUCGGUACAGAUGGAAACCUUAUCCUGGCGGAUUCCGAUGGGCGCAUUGCCUGGCAAACAAAUACCGCCAACAAAGGUGUCGUCGGUUUUCAGUUGCUCCCCACCGGCAACAUGGUUCUUCAUGAUGGCAAGGGGAAUUUCAUAUGGCAAAGCUUCGACUCCCCAACUGAUACUCUUUUGGUAGGUCAAUCUCUCAGAGCUGGUGGUGUCAGUAAGCUGGUGAGUCGGGCUUCUGCUGCGAACAACAUCGAUGGACCAUAUAGCUUGAUCAUGGAGCCUAAACAGCUAGCCAUGUAUUACAAGAGCGCCAACUCGCCUCGCCCAAUGCUUUAUUGGACCUCCGUCGAAUGGUUCAAUGUUGACGUUGCUACUGUCACCAAUGGUAGUUUGAUAAACUUAACCCUUACUUCUGUCCCAGAUACUGAUGAGGGUUUUCUUUAUUACUUAACUUUCCUGUAUUACAUCACAAACCCUCCCUCCGGUUGGAAUCGCAACAUGGCCUAUUCAAGAUACAACAACACGUUGUCCUACCUUCGACUAGGCAUAGAUGGAAACCUUAGAUUUUACACGUAUAACUCGAACGUACAAGGCGUGGCCUGGGAACUGGUCUACACGUUUCUUGACCGAAACUCGAUUGAAGGAGAAUGCCAGUUGCCAGAGCGAUGUGGGAAGUUAGGGCUAUGUGAGAAUAGCGAAUGUGUCGCAUGCCCAACGCCAAACGGACUAAGUGGAUGGAGCAAAGAUUGUGAGGCAAAGGUGACAUCUUGUAAAGCUAGCGACUUUGCGUACUACAAGCUUGAAGGUGUUGACCAUUUUAUGAUUAAGUACACAAGGGGAGAUGGUGGAAGGAAGCAAAGCGACUGCGAGAGCAAAUGCACCAAGGACUGUAAGUGCAUGGGCUAUUUUUAUCAUACACAAGGAUCGAGGUGCUGGAUUGCUUACGAUUUGAAAACAUUAACAAGAGUUGGAAACUCGACACAUUUGGCAUACAUCAAAGCACCCAAGAAGUAG